UUCAGUCAGCGGUUAGACGAACAUCAAGCCACGUCGUAAAGGCCAACAUGAUAAAGCUCUCGCAACUGUUCUCACUCAUUUGCCUGAUCUUGUGCGUAUCAGAAAACUGGGCACGUGAGGCAAUCAGGCCAAGUCCCGAUGUGGGUCAGAUAAUCGAUGAACUGCAUGGGCUGCAAUUAAACGAUAGCCAAACACCAUUUGUUAGAGGUGGGCCUUGCAAAUUGGAUAUACAGAAAGAUCUUCCAGCUGCCGAUCAUCUGCAACCACUUUAUCUUCACAGUAAUACCGACAGAUAUUGGUUGCCCAAUGCGGAUGGUCAACUAGUUGUGGACCAUGGAGCCAGCAUUGAAUUGUAUUGCAGCAAAUCCUUUGCCAAAAUCGAUACGGCAAACAAUGUUGGCUACAUACCGGGCAAACGGCUUUCGAUGCAUGUGCGAUGCCAUCAUGGGAAUAUCUUCGAGUGGUCAGGUGGCCGAGCAGCAUUCCAUAACUUUGUCUGUAAGCAAGCACUGGAGUAUCGGGUGGAGAGAUUGGAGCAUCAGCGCUGCGGUGACACUGAAGCUGCCAAUGGUGACAAUGAAACUGGCCAUAUGUAUCGUGUAGGCUAUAAAAUAAGCGAUGACAGAUUUAUACGCACCAUCGAGCUGUGCCAUAAUGCCCAACUACUGCGGACACACUAUGCCCGGUAUGAGAUGGAGCCAGCCAAUUGGCAUUUUCAGAAACAGGUGAAUCGUUUGAAAUUCAGCCCGGCUGGCCACUUUGCUGGCUAUGACAUGGGCAAGCUAUACUCACAGUCCCAUCAAGAGAGUUUGAUGGGCCCCGACAUGUUGGAUGGAAGGGCUGGUUUGUUUCUGGCACGCGGACAUCUCGCCGCCAAGGCGGACCUCAUAUAUGCCAGUCAACAGCGAAGCAGUUUCAACUAUGUGAAUGCUGCGCCCCAAUGGCAGAGCUUCAACGGCGGCCACUGGGCAAACGUUGAGGAUGAAACACGACGCUUUGUCGCUCGUUUGGGCAUCCCUGUUAGCGUUUAUACGGGCACCUUUGGUGAGCUACCAUGGCCGGGAGUGGGCCAUAACCACAGUAGCCUACAUUUGGCCCAUGAUGCUAACAAUAACCCGGUUCUGGUAGUGCCGCUUCUCUACUAUCGUUUACUCAUCGAUAAUGCUUCAAAUGGGCAAAAACGUGGUAUUGCCAUUGUGGGCGUUAACAAUCCCUAUGUCACCGUUAACCAGAUUCACGACGAGAAUACGUCGCCAUCGUAUGUGAUUUGUGAGCCCAUCGACGCGGAGCUCGUUGCCUGGUUACGCUCUCUACAGAAUAGCAAUUUGAGAAAAGGUUAUCUGUAUGCCUGCACCGUGGCAGAUUUGGCUCGUGCUGUCAAACACCUGCCACGCCAUCUACUUCAGGUGCAUGACUUGCUCACAGAUACUAGACCGCAAGAGCAAAAGUUGUAGUCUAAAGUUUACCUUUUAAUUGAGUGUAAUAAAAGACUGCAUCAAAUUGGCAGAAGUGAAAUUGA